UGAGUGCACACCAAGGCUUGUUUACAGUCAAUUUUUAUAUUUAUAUUCUUAUGUUUCUUCUUAUAAAAGUUGAUUGUAACCAAGCCUUAGUAUGCACUCAGUGCGCACCAGUGCAUCCAAUCGAAUUCGCCAUAAGAUGACAGGUUGUGACGCAAAGGAGUGCCGGAACACAAGUAGGAAAGGGGUGAAAAUGUGCAUGUUUCCUAGAGAUCCCGAACAAAGAGCAAAAUGGGUAAUCAAUGUUGGACGAAAAGAUUGGCUUCCAAAGAAACACUCAGCAUUAUGUGAGUAUCAUUUUACGCAUGAUGCUUUUGAAACUAUACGAGUAGAUGGAACCAAAAAGUUAAAACGACAUGCAGUUCCAACAAUCUUUGGGGAACUUGUUACCCAGGUACCAAGUAAACGAGCAAAAUGGAAAACAGGAGAUACUCAAUGUCGUUCUGAAGAAACUAAUGCAGCAGCAGCGCAAUGUAUGCAAAAGACAUCUUUAGUACCAAAAUGUGAAGGUCAACAACAAAUAGGUCAAGAAAUGAGUUCCAUCAAUAAAGUUGUUAAAAAAGUAGACAUCUGCAAAGGACGAACAGUUUCUCUAUUAAAACCAUUAAAUUUUAUUGAAAAACGUAUUGAAGAAAAUCGAGAUUGUCAAGAAACGAAUACCUCAGCAGUGACAACUACUGUUAAUAUAUGUGCCGAAGAAAAUUCUUCUGAAAAAGAAGUGGGUGAUGCAAGUUUGAAGGAGAAGACAUGUUCUUCUAACUCCAAAGUUGCUGAACUUAUUGCAAACUGUACAAAAUGUAAAACUGUAAUCCAGCAGUACCAAAAAAGUGAAAUAUCGAAAAUAAAAAUGAAAAGGACGUUUAAACAAAAAGAAAUGGCUUACAAGCGCAGAAUAAAAGCAUUGGAAGAAAAAGUACGUAUUAAUGAGCUAAUAAAAAACGGUCUCCAACAACUUUUAGUGUUCCUUAAAUAAAGUACGCUUCCGGACAAUUCAAACGAAUGCCAAAGUGUGUGAUAAAGCAUUAAUUCAGGGUUAUAAGUGAUUGAUAAUGUCUUCCUUGAAUAGAAUAAUAUAGUAGUUUAUUGGUUAUUUUUGUAUGCAAAUACAGUAACAAUUUAGUCUGUUAUUUUAUUAUUAUGGAUUUUAGAGCUUCGUCGUUAAGUUAAACAAUUACAAUUCCAGAAAGUUUUAAAUGUAGACAGUAUUUUGGAAGCAAAACAAUGGCUAUGCAUAAUAUUGAAUGAUAUAUUCUUUCUACUUUUGUUAUAAGACUGACUUGUAUUACUUUUAAUAAUAUGUAUACUUACUAUUUUUGUUGUUAAUAUGAAAUUGACAUUUUUUUAA